AUGAAUGAAUACAACAAUUUGUCUUGUUCAAAUUUGUAUGCAACAGUGGUAGCUAGUUUUUUUAAUUAUAAACCAUCACCCAGAAGGAAGGCCAAGGCUGCAAGCGCCGGCGUGAUGAACAAGCGACCCCGCGAGGACGAGCCUUCCUCCUCCCUUGCGUCCGCCCAAAAGCGCCAGUUCGGUGCAGGUGGCGGCUAUGGGGAGCAAGGGUACUCGGAGGAGCGGAUCAGUGCGCAGCGGGUGGCGGACCACUACAGUGCCCGGUCGAAUCAGACGCUCGAGGAGCGUGAGAACAGCCCCAUCAUCCACCUCAAGAAGCUCAACAACUGGAUAAAGAGCGUCCUGGUUCAACUGUAUGCACGUCCAGGAGACUGCGUUCUAGAUCUUGCUUGUGGCAAGGGAGGUGAUUUGAUAAAGUGGGAUAAGGCCAAGGUUGGCUAUUAUGUAGGGGUUGAUAUUGCAGAAGGCUCGAUAAAAGAUUGCAUGACCCGUUAUAAUGGUGACUCGGAUCAACAACGAAGGAAGAAGUUCAGUUUUCCUGCACGGCUUAUUUGUGCUGACUGUUACGAGACUCGUCUGGAUGAGUAUCUAUGUGAGGAUGCUCCAUUUGACAUAUGCAGCUGCCAGUUUGCAAUGCACUACUCAUGGUCAACUGAAGCACGUGCAAGACAAGCCCUCGCAAAUAUAUCUGCAUUGCUUCGUCCUGGAGGCACAUUCAUUGGAACGAUGCCUGAUGCUAAUGUCAUUAUUAAAAGGCUAAGAGAAUCUGAAGGGAUGGAGUUCGGGAACAGUGUUUACUGUAUUACCUUUGGUGAAGAGUACACAGAAAAGAAAUUCCCGGCAUCCAGGCCUUUUGGUAUCAAGUACAAGUUUCAUUUAGAGGACGCAGUUGAUUGCCCAGAGUGGGUUGUUCCAUUCCAUCUCUUCAAACUACUGGCAGAGGAGUUUGAUUUAGAGCUGGUUCUAAUGAAGAACUUCCAUGAAUUUGUACACGAGUAUGUGCAAAGGCCAGAGUUUGCUGAUCUCAUGCGAAGGCUGGGGCCUCUCGGUGAUGGACGAUCGGGCCAAAGCACGCUGUCACAAGAUGAGUGGGAGGCAUCCUAUCUCUACCUCGCAUUUGUUUUGCGGAAGCGAGGCCCUCCACCGUCCCAGCGGAGAGCUAACAAUCCUAACAGAGGGAAGACGUUCCUUGCCGAGGAGGACAUCGAGUUUCUUAGCAUAUGA